AAAAUAUAAAACUGGUUCAGCUCACAUUUAACAAAAAACCAAAACCCCUCCCCCACCUCGCAAUCCAUCCAUCCACUUCGGCACCCCGCAUUUUUCUCUCCUUUCGCUUUCUAAGGAAGAAAAAGAAAAGAAAAGUGUCCACCGGAAAUAAUAAUAAUAAUAGUUAUAAUAGAAAAUGUCUGACAGGUGCCCACCCCGCCUCCACAACCGCCAACCCUCCACUUCUUCGGUUCAGAGCGAUACAUCCACCGGCGACGGCGGCGAACAAGGCACGUCUCCUAACGACGAACCUCCUCCUCCUCCUCAACAGCAGCAACAGCACCAGAAGCCCGCUCAUCAUCAUCAUCAGCAGCAGCAGCACCAGCGGACACACAAGAAGCAAUUCCUUGUCGGAGGUGCACACUCGCGUCACCAUACGCGGGUCCCAUCGUACGGGCGGAAUUUGAACAGGCUUGGGAAGUUGACGCCGUUGGAGACGUCGCCUGUGAAAGGCGCCGCAAGUGAGAGGGUGAAGGGCGGUGGGAAGAAGUUGACGUUCGGGGUUGGUGAAGGUGGUGGUGGCGAGGAGGGACAAGAACUGAUAGAAGGAGAAGUAGAAGAGGUUGAGGUGGUACCAGAAGAGACCACGAGUGGUGGUGGUGGUGGUGGUGGUGGUAGUGGUGGUUUAGUAACGUCAGGUGGUGCUGUUGGGGGCGGCGCUUCGGGGACUAAGGGACUGGCGCCCAGUGCUAAAUCUCUCGAUCAUCAACCACGAGAGGGGGUGCGUCGGAAGUCAUAUACCACGACUCGAAGAGCGGGUUCCGGUCAGGAUAACAGCGGAAAUAAUAAGAGGGAUAGAUCACGGUCGAAAUCGAGAGAGGGCGGGAGGAAUAAGAAGAUUACAGCUUCUUCUGGACACGUUCCUGCGGACGGGUUUGUCGAGAUGGGUGCUGGACGGGGUACUGGUAGUGACGGAGGUGGCGAUGCACCUUCGGCGACAAUCACAUCACCAUCGCAGCAAUUACAACGGAAGCAACAGCAACAGCAACAGCUUACAUCCCAGCCUGCACCGGCACAAUCGAAACCACAAUCACAGAAUCAAUCACAGAAUGGCGGAAAUGGCAAUGCCAAUACUCAACCUCCUACCGCAAAGGAGCUGCACGCCCACCUCCUCCUCCCGCACACAAAACCCCCCAGCGCAACAAUCCCCCCACAAGUGAACCACGAGUCCAUCUCCACGCAUACCAAAAUUCAGCAUACACCUCCUCCACCAAACGCACCGAUAACGCCCGCCCACUCACCCCCCAAUUCCCACGAUCAACCAUUAACCUCCCGCUUCAUAGACUUUUCAAAUUCACAAGGCGGAGCAUCAAUCUCCCCAUCUUCCGGCGGCGGCGCCCGUCGCAGUGGUAAUGCUGGGGGAGGAGAUGGCGCUCCCCCAUCCACAGCAGCAUCACUCCCAACCCCGAAUCGCCACAAGUCCUCAUCCGUCCCGAAAACACCAACAGACCCCCCAUCAACUACCUCUACGACCGCCUCCAAGACCACCCCCGCUGCUAUCGCGGUCAAACCCUCCAGAACCCAACAAAAGCUCUGGCUCCAACGCCAAUCCUCCCAGCACGAGCCCCCCGUGGCAAUCCCCCACCACGCAUACCUCUCCCAAGUCUCUUAUCAAAACCCACAAACCCAUUCCCAGUCCCACCACCACACCUACCACCCCACCACCACCUCUCACUCCCCCUCCGCAGCCCUCUCCAUCCCGCUCUCUCGUGGGAUCCACCCAGCCCGCCUCACGAAAGAAUUCGAACGCGUGAACCGCGAGUACCUCAACACCCGCCGCUUCAUGAACCCGAUCCUGGACUCCCUGGAGAGAACAGCUACUGGGCGCAACCCCGACCGGCGGAUACCCAGGAGGGGCCAUGCCAGCGAUGCGGGUGGAAACACCAUGGGCCUUUCCCAGAGCCUGAAGGAAACGGGAAGUUUGAGAGUCGGUGGUGGUGGUGGGGUGAGAGGUGGCAGUGUCGGAGUCAAGGAUGAUUCGGCCGUUGCGAGACAGAGCGUUGCUGAGAGGGGGAGGGAGAGGGAGAGGAGCGGGGAUUUGCAUGCUCUGUUGAUGAGGAUCUGGAGGGAGGGGGAGCUGUUGGUAUCCACUGAGUGAGGCGCGCUGCCGCUUUGACGAGCCGUGGGGGUGGAUGAGUGGGUGGGCCUCUUCUUGUGCUUUUACUACUGCAUGAUCAUCAUAAAGCUUGUCAUAGUCUUUGCUUCGAUAUCUUUCCUUUUCUCCCCAUCAUGUGAUUAUUCUGUUUUUCCCUCCUCUUCCUAGCUUUAAUGUAAGUACUUUCUCUCUUUCCCUCGUCAUUUGAUUGGUAUGGGAGCUUCUUCCUGUCUGACUCGUCACGUGUCUUUUGCUUCGCUCUUCCUUACCGAUGUAAAUUAAAUUAAACUAGGUGGCAACUGUCUUUUUUUCUUUUCUUUUCCGAUUCGCUCACUUGAUUUGCUUGACUACCAUAAAUUAAAUUAAAUUCAAUGUCCGGAUAGCCAUGUUGUAGCUGCCGAGUUUUCUUUAAAAGUGAAAGUGUAGAAUUCUAAGUAUAUUGGACUUCCAGGGUCCGAUUUGCCAUGUG